CUUUUCCUUAAAAACCAAUAAAAAAAGAACAAAAAUAGAAAAAAAUCUAUAUAAUUUUUUUAUUUAUCUCCUUCAUCCCCACAUCUCUUCACAGUUCACACACACACAGGAAAAUUAGUUUCGAAAGCAAAACAACAAUGGCGGAGGAAGGCGGCGGCGAAGGCGGCGGCGAGGAGUACCUGUUCAAGAUAGUGGUGAUCGGAGAUUCGGCCGUGGGCAAGUCAAAUCUGCUCUCUCGCUUCGCCCGCGACGAGUUCGAUCACAACUCCAAGGCCACCAUCGGCGUCGAGUUCCAGACCCAGGUCGUGGAGCUCGACGGCAAGGAGAUUAAGGCCCAGGUGUGGGACACCGCCGGGCAAGAGCGCUUUCGGGCCGUCACCUCCGCCUACUACCGCGGCGCCGUCGGGGCCCUCGUCGUCUACGACAUCACCAGGAAAUCUACCUUCGAAAGUGUCCAACGAUGGCUUGAUGAGCUUAAUACUCAUUGUGAUACCACGGUGGCGAAAAUGCUCGUGGGGAACAAAUGUGAUUUGGACAAUAUUCGAGAAGUGAAUGUAGACGAUGGAAAAGCUUUUGCAGAGCAAGAAGGAUUGUUUUUCAUAGAAACUUCUGCCCUCGACUCUACUAAUGUUAAAGAGGCAUUUGAGAUUGUGAUUCGAGAGAUUUACGAUAAGGUUAGCCGCAAAAUACUGAACUCAGACUCGUACAAAGCUGAGCUUUCGUCAAAUCGGGUGGAUGUGAACUUGUCGNUGGAAUUGUGACGUUAUUAUAAGUUUUUUUUUUUGUCAAGAAACUAUUUUUCUGCGGAAAUUAAUUUUGAUAAUAUUUUCUCUAUUUUGUUCCUUAAUUCAAUAUUCAGGGUUAAAAAAUAACAUUCGUUAUGAAUAUAUGGAUUUCUGCUUCGUAGUUCUAUGCAUCAAAUUUUUGUGUUUUAUAGUA